AUGAAGAAGAAAUAUCGGGAGCAGGUGCUGGCAGACAGGGCUCGGGCGCGGCGUCGCAUGGGCCAGCCUGCCAAGCGCACCACAGCUGGCGAGGCCGUGGACAACACCACAGGAUUGCCGCCAGCGAAGCGACGCCGGUUGGCCGAGGACUUCGAGCGCUGGUGCCUUUAUGAUUCUUGGAGCCUGUGCACCAGCUGCGGCCUCCUCGCACCUUGCGACCUCACGGAAAACAGCCUUAGCAGGCCACAGCAGCCUACCCAUGCUUCGGGCAAGUGCUCCAGGUGCCAAGCUGCGCGGGCACAGCCGGUUGUGACAAUGGCAGAUGUGCCGGAGCCACUGCGAGGGCUUAGCUCAGAAGCUGCAGAAGCCUUGUCACCUCUGGAGAUCGAUGUGGGGCCGGUCGUUCGCGCCGAGCACAAAUCCGGGUACCGCCAGAAGACAACCUUGAUCCGCUUCCGCUGGCAGCCGAGGGCGGUGAAGAAGCGCGUCAAGCUGUUGCAGGACGCGAACAUGCGGGUGAAGGCCCGUGCCGCCUACGACUUCCUGCUGGCCUCGGACGACACUCCGCACGCGACCUUCGUGGCCGAGCACACCGAGUUCUUGCAGGAUCACCCCGGCGCAGAUGAGCUUACUCGCCGUCGCCGGCUGCAGUUCAUCGAGCGUGUGGGCGUGGAGUGCGCUCUGUGGCCCGUCCUCUUCUGGGAUGUCAAGCACACCUUCACGCACGAGCGUGCCACGGGCCCCAGGCGGGUGAUUCGUCAGGAGCAGGCCCCAACCUUGGAGCAA